AUGGAGAAGACGGACUUGGAGCUUCGACCAGCGGAUCCCGAGGGGUCGGUGCCGAGAUAUCUCCACGCCUGGGUCCCACCGCGGAAACUUUAUGAUUUACCUUCCACUCACUGCUUCCACCUUAUUGACGGUCACGGCAGUCUUUUUUGCAUGGUACGGCAAUCCGUCUAUGGUAAAGAACAGACCGCUGUUCUCUACAGACUACAAGCCUCUGAAAGGUGGUCUGAUGAGGCGUCGACGGACCGCUCCUACGUAGGUAGUGGACUAUCCUACCCGUACGGAGUACAUCCCACCCUGCGGUAUGCCAACAAGGGGACGCAGUCCCGUUCUCCCAUUCUCUUUCUCCGCUUCUACACCAUUCGAUUGGCUGGCGCAGGGAAACCCCGCGAGACCGAUAACGAGCCCAGCCCACACUUCAUGCCGCCUCGCCACGGCACCACGGCAGUUGUUGUGUCAUGUCCUCCAAGCCUCCAACAGUUAACGACUCCAACAGUCAACGACUUUACUCUAGGUGCUGCGGUCAGUUCUGGCAAGAGGAUACCCAACUGGCUAUCUACUGCUAUGGAUGCGGACGGCUCCUUGGCAUCUGUAGUGUACUCGACACAGUACUCUGCAUCACCUGCCACGUCUUCAUCAAUGACAGCCACAUUUGUUUCGGCCGAAGCCUCCGACGACCCAAGCUUCUGCUUAAUGACACGGCGACUCGGCCUAACAAUCUCAGAUCACUCCGAGCGGCGCCAGGGCGCAGCGGUGAUCCACGCGGGCCGUACCUCGAUGCUUCUCGAACACGUUUUCUCCAAAGCCUUCAUCUCGGGAGUCGACGUAUUGUGCCCGCUGUCUCAACCACCCACCACCCCAACUCUCCCGGCCGACCCUGUCUGCACACUGUCCGUGGAGUGGAGCCCAACAGUCGACGGCAUCACGGUGCGCCGGGCCCGUCCCAAACUUUUCCCUCUAGCCAGGGUGGUGAGCCACGCCGUCACUGCCGUAAUUACGGGACAGCUGGCCUCUCCGGGCGGUUGGGAGGGUUUCACCGCAGCUUCGGUCUCGGACCUUCACGCCAGUCCUGGCUCUCCACCACCGGCGGAUACCCACUCUGAUCCUACCUGGGCCGCUUCUUUAGCCAAUGUCCUAGCGUUCGAGUGGUACUCGCGAGAAUGGCAAGCGUACCAUCGAUUUCUUCGCCAUGCCUCGUUUCUCAUACAAGCUGCCGAGCAUUACCGUCCAUUCUUUUCUUUUCUCACCUUCACCAUGAUCUCACCUUGGGCCGACAGGGUCAACGGCGUCCUCGAUGCCAGUCAACUUCAUCAAAUGGUCAUGAAUGACGCCAUUGCGACGGUUGCGAGAUAUGACAGCGUUAAGUCGAGAACUGUCGAUCGACGGCAUUCGAUGCUGGCUCAUUUGAAGCGUGAACUGGGAUUGAUGUAUUCGGAUAUUUCCAGGCCACACGUGCAGCGGACAAUACCAGCGGCAACCAUCCUGCAUGUGCCGCAGCCUGCGGGCAUCAGCAUCGGGAAGCGAAAUGUUGCUGCCCGUUGGUCGUCAACACAUUUCCACGGUAACAUAUUAUGUAUGGAUAUUUGGGCCGCCUGGCGUCGACGUGACACAUCGCCCGUUUCUUUUGGUCGGCCAACGGAGUCAGAAAAUGCCAUCGGGGGCCGCACGGCAGCCCGCUGUUGCGUCUGCAUGAGCAUGAAUAUGACCGGAUCAAACCCCAAGGAAGUCUGCACGUUCAAAGACGAUGCGACGGGUCAGGAGCAGCUGAAGAUUAAAAGACCAGAUUGUGAUGCACGAACGGAGGUCUGGGUUUAUCAAAGACUGUCGAUUCUUAUUCUACAAAGUGCGAGCCAACCUCCUGAUACUGCUUGGCCUCGUGGGCAUGACAAUGUUAAGAGUGUUGAGCUGGAUGGGACCGUGACAAUCAAUGCCCGCCUACCCGCAUUCCCGCCGCCGCCGCCGCCGCCUGCCUCACAGAUUCACAGCUCGGCCAAUGUUUCCGUCCCUGGGCCAUUCCCAGCAAGCUUCAGCGCAUCCAGGGGGACCCUUCAGCCUAUCGUGCCUGUGUGCCUGGGACCUUUCAGCUAUCGGACGGUGGACCAAGUGCCCCUCGUCGUCGAAUGGUUUGUGGGAGAAGCUGAUUGGGCGUGGCCCUUGCAUAGAUGCCCCCCUUGUCGCGUGGCCAGUGCUAUGGAGAAAAUUUGUGACGGACUGGCGAUUUGGCCUGGCAGCGAAGGUUUCUGGGCUAAAGAAGCCACAUCUCGGGUCACUUUGCUAGUGUCUGACAAGAAGAUGGUGAUUGGCGCCGACAGUUGGACUACGGCGAAGACGGUGAUGUGCCAGUGGGCGAAUCAAGCGAGGCACUAUGGAUCCGAGCAAGAGGGCCACGAGGGCCUUGCAGGUUCAGGUUCAGGUUCAGGGACUGGCAGGGAGAUGCCGAAUGAGAGGUGCAGGUCUCAAUUUGAAGAGGGACUCGAGAAGCCAUUCACCCUGUUGACUUUCUUUUCUUCUGCUGGUCCUGUGAGACUUGGGACUUGGAGAGAGAGGAGAGACAGGCGGGAGCAAGACAAGGCAUUUGAUGGCUUGUUGGAUUGGUGA